UGUCCUUUAAUCUGUAUUAGUGAAAAUGGGCAUUAAUAAGUGCGUACUCUACAAUCUUGCGGGUCUACUCGUGGCAUGGUAAAAAUGGAGUAGAGCAAAGAUAAGGUUAAUUACAGUGUUCUAAUGGCAAUUGUUCGUAGUAUAUAACAAUGUACGGCAGUUGGAGGCUUUUCUAAGCUCACAAGUGAGGACGUCUGUGACAAAGGUUAUGGGAUAAUUGAUACCAUCGCCGAAGUUUCUCACUCGCGAGGAGUAUGGGGAACUUUGGGAGUGACAUCGUGAUAUGCUUGUUGCUACUAUUUUCAGUCAGCGUCAUAUUUGGAACUAGUGAAAUUAUUAAAUUGGUCAUGAACAAUGGAGAGGAUAUUCUCAAAAUAUCUACAUAUAAUUGGAUUAUUCGAUUAUGUUUGAAUUUAUUGGGAUAUGCCACUGUGUUAUUGCCAGGUUGUCUUAUAUACAAAUAUGUACGCUAUAUAAAGUACAUUCAGAGAGGUGGGAAAGGUUGUAUUCCCAGACUGGUGCAUUCGUGCUUUGUGGGACACUGUGAGACAGGUUUCCUGGAUUCGCCAACUUAUGCUCCUAAUGCUUCCACUCACAUUCAACGUACUUUUACUCAAGACGCUUUGCUAUUGAUGUAUUGUUUCCUUGGAUUACAAAUUAGUUAUUUAACUUGGGGUUACCUGCAGGAAAAGAUAAUGACGCAGGAAUACGAAGAUGCUUCUGGCAGUAAAGCACGGUUUCAAGAUUCGCAAUUCUUGGUAUUUGUAAAUCGCAUUCUUGCUUUUCUGAUGUCUGGAUUAUACUUACUUAUUCAACGUCAGCCUCAACAUAAGACGCCAUUGUAUAAGUAUGCAUUUUGUUCUCUAUCAAAUAUCAUGAGCAGUUGGUGUCAAUAUGAAGCUCUGAAGUACGUCAGUUUUCCUUCACAGGUUUUAGCUAAAGCCUCUAAAAUUAUUCCGGUUAUGGUUAUGGGAAAAAUAGUUUCGCAUACGUCAUACGAAUAUUAUGAAUAUGUUACUGCGAUUCUUAUUUCUAUCGGAAUGACGCUCUUUAUGCUGGACAGUUCUGAUCAUAAUAAAAACAAUGGAGCGACAACACUCUCCGGUGUUAUUUUAUUGGGAGGUUACUUAUUAUUAGAUAGUUUCACAAGUACCUGGCAAAAUGCACUGUUUAUAGAUUAUGGAGUAACUAGCGUACAAAUGAUGUGUGCAGUCAAUAUGUUCUCCUGUUUGCUAACUGCGAUGUCUCUGUUUCAACAAUCGAGCUUUCCGCUAAUUUUUUCUUUCAUGACGACGGGUUUGGCGAUAUUAUUGUCAUGUUUGAUUUAUCAUCACGAGAUUACUGUUAUUGGAGUGUUUGGGAUAUUGUUGGUAUUUGGCUCAGUAUUUUUACGAAUUUAUUGCAACAAUCGAUUACGUGUAAUCAGAAGACGCAGAGCCGCAGCAAACAGUAUCAAACAUUAAACAUUGUAUUAGUUAGACAGAAUUACAAUCUUAAUUGUCAUAGAAGUAGAAUUCUAUCAACUGUUUAUUACAGUUUUUUGCUAUGGAUUAGGAUAGAAUUCGUAGUAAUUAGAUAUUGACUGUAAUUAUGGAUGCUAAAUUUUAAUCCUUUAUUUAUAAUUAACAUCGCAUCAUAAUCUCUCUUUCCAUAUACAGCAUAUACUAUAUCUCGCGAAUGUGUAUAUCCGAUAGUUUGGGAUAGAAAUUUCAAUCAUGAACUUUAAGAAAUAUUUAUAUUUAUAAGUUUUGUAGCCAAUGUACGUCGCGUGUGUAAUAUAUUUGGAAAAAUAUGUACUUGAAGAUACAUGUGAUCUGACAAAAACAGCAUUAUAUCUUUAUGAAAAGAAAAUUUGUGUUAUGCCAUAUGUAUAAAGGCGUAUACACGUAUUGUAUUAUUUAUUUGAAAAAUAUUUAUUUUGAUAUAAAUGCAUAUACAGAACAAACACAUGCAAGUUUCUUACCUUAGAUGAGUAUAUCCAAUAUAGAAGUAAGUACAUAUAAUUCUUUCUUUUCUGUAUGGGACUUAAGCUACAUAUUCAUCAAAGGAAGAUAGAACAUUUGUGUUUCCAUUGGCUAUUUUCAUUUUGGAAAAUAUGUUGAGAACGAUAAAGAUUUUGGAAUUUAUAAUCUUUUUUACCAUUUUUUUUUUUAGCCCAAAAUGUUAUCUAGAGCUAUCGAGUUAUGACAGCAUUUACUACGAAAGCUUUGCGAUCUGUAUACAAAUCUGUAUUUACGAAACUGAAGGCUACAGAUUAAUAGAUUACACAAAGAAAUGAUGUCUUUGUUCUUGAAAUUAAACUUGGACGUCUAACUAAAACGCUAUGUUGCUAUCGUUUUAUGAAAAUUUAUGUAUAUGUGUGCGUACGACGUUGAUGUAUUAGUAUAUAAAGAUGUGUCACAUUUUAUCAAUGAAACAGCGAUCUGGGAAUUCGGGCUUCACUUUAGGAUUCCUUAAAGGAUUCAAGUAAGUAGCCAUUUUAAAUCAGAACUAAUGCGAAAAAUAAAAUUUUGUAUUUAGUGUACAAGAAUAUGUCUGACAAUAUAUUUUGAUAACAAAUCGCUUUCCUCAAGGAAUUCAUGAAAUAUAUAAUCCACCAUAUAUGUUUCUCUCUUGAAGGCUGUUCGCAAUUUAUACUGUCGCCUUUCUUCAUAUUUUUUUCUUCUAAUUGAAAAUAAUGUAAACUAAAGCAGCAGCUGCAAAGAAAUAGUCAUUCUAUUCAUCUCAACACUUGUUCAAAUAUGUAACAAAACAAAACAUUCUAUCCAAUUGAGUUAAUUUGACAAAUUAUUUCUACUACCUAGUUUCUAUAAAUUGCUCGUUUUUAGCAACAAUACAAAGUUCUUC